AUGACCCUCAGUCGUGGCUCGACUGAGCUGACCUUGGAUCCUGCGCUCCAGCCAGAGGAGACCCCCACCCCCAGCCUGGCUGAGCUGACCCUGGAGCCUGUGCACCACCGACCCGAGCUCCUGGAUGCCUGUGCCGACCUCAUCAACGAGCAGUGGCCCCGCAGCCACGCCUCCCGCUUGCACUCCUUGGGCCAGUCCUCAGACAACUUCCCCCUCUGCCUGAUGCUGCUGAGUCCCCACCCUGUGCCAGGGAAAGCUCCCAUUGUGGUGGGACAUGCCCGCCUGUCACGGGUGCUAGACAGGCCCCAGAGCCUCCUAGUGGAGACGGUGGUGGUGGCCCGGGCCCUGAGGGGCCGUGGCUUUGGCCGCUGCCUCAUGGAGGGCCUCGAGGUCUUUGCUCGGGCCCGGGGCUUCCGCCGGUUACACCUCACCACCCAUGACCAGCUGCACUUCUAUGCCCACCUUGGCUACCAGCUGGGCGAGCCUGUCCAGGGCCUGGUCUUCACCAGCCAACGGCUGCCCACCACUCUGCUCAGUGCCUUCCCCAGGGCCCCUUCCCCAUGGCCACCCUCCAAGACCCCUAGCCUGACUGCCCAAGCUGCCUCAAGAGCCCCCAAAGGGCCACCAUUGCCACCACCCCCUCCGCUGCCUAAGCCCUUGACCACCUCACCCCGCCCUCCACAAAGCCCACUAGAGACACAGUACCAUGACUUGAGAGGACGCCCCAUAUUUUGGAUGGAGAAGGACAUCUGAGGGCCACCUAAGGCAAGGCACUGUCUUUCUGGUUCAGUGGACUCCCCAGGGCAGUCCCAGCCUCAGCCCACUGGCCCCUGGGGGCAGCUCUAGCUUGGCCAGGUCUCGAGUGCCAGUGGGGCUGGUGAUGGUUUCCUCCCUGGCUGUAGCUCUGACCUGUCUGUGUGGCUGAAUAAAGGCUUCUGUCGGGUGUA